AUGGAAGAUCAAAAUUCAAAAUAGAUAUACUCCGACCGUCCAAACCCCCCCAUUAAUUCCGUAUGACGAUGGACAAGAACAAAAUCUGUAUGAUUCAUACGUCACGUUGAGGAUCCAACUGGAUUCCACUCACCAUCCAAAUCAACCACAAUAUCCUCACCAAUCGAUCCCCAAAUUCAAUCAAUACAUCACACACAAUCUAUUGUUGCAGAACCUACACACCGGAGAAGAAUAUACAGCAAUGCAAAAGUGAAAACGACGAUAUGACGAACGAUGGAACCCUAAUACCUUCAAUUCCGUCACUCAAGCCGGAGUGAUGAAUCUGUAUCAUGUCUGAAAUUUCAAGGGAUACGAAUAUAUCAAGUGAGAUGGAUAUGAAAAUUGAUUUCUUCCAGUACUACAUUCAUGGUAUAAGGGAAUUGUUGUCUAGGGAUGAUUUCUCCCCAUCUUCAUUGACGGAUUCGCGAUUGGUUAAAAUAGGAAGUGGGAAAUUUCGGAACAGUGAAGUGGAGAAAGAGGAUACUGGAUGUAACGAGAGAAACCGGCCAAUUGGAUUUAGUCCUUUGUUUAGUAAUGCUGUAGGGAACGGGGUAUCAUGUUACCGGAAAGAUAGGUUGGUGACGUUGCUACGUCAAAGUGUUGUUGCGUUGAACGGGGAAGUUGAUGAGGUGAUGGAUCCUGUACUUUCGAUGCUUCGGUUGAGACGUCUUUUGGCACCUGAAAAGCAUUGUGCAAGUGAUGAGGAUGCAAAUGACAAGAGUGAGUUUGAGGAACGUGAACGCAAGAGGCUUAAGAGUAAUGAACCUUUGAAUGCCAGUUCUGGAAAUCUCACCGAGGAGGGUUCAUUAAGUGAAAAGAAGGGAGUGGUUGAGUUCGAACCAGAUAAACGUAAAUCGUUAAGAAGGUGUAACACAACGGGGUGUGGGAAGUUUGCCCGAAAACGUAACUUUGAUGAAACUAAGUCCUUGUGUGCGGAUUGUUCAAAACAUGGCAUGAAUGAGUCGCUUUUGGGAUCAAGUUCAAAAAAUGAUAAUGAGAAUGGAGAGGUGGAUGACACUUUACAAGUCCUUCUGGAAAACAGAGGUCCUAAGCUUGUGGAAAAGUUGGAGAAUCAUUCGGCUGAAAUAUCUGCUAUGCUUGAACGAAUGAAGGAGAAACUUGAAGAACUUGUUGAUAUUGUUGUUUCUAGUUGCAGGGCAAUGUCCCUUGUAGAAAAGCAUCAACUAAGUAAACUGGUUCAAAAUCUGGAUCCUUAUAAUCUGGACCGCAUUGUGGAAAUUAUACAACAGGGAAAGCCUCCUGAAAAACAAUCUAGGGAUGAUAUCAUCGUCAAUCUGCAAAACGAGGACAACUCAACACUCUGGCGAAUAUACUUUCAUGUUAAAGCAGUUGAAAAUGCUAGAAAGCUUUUGUAGAUGGAGAUUACAAGUUCCUUAUGACCCGAACCGUUUGGUAGUGAUGAUCUAUUGAUCUAACCUCUUUUUGGAAAGCUGUACAUACAACAGCCAAAUAUCAUCUUAAACCCUAGGUUUUUAGGCACUACUUGCACUGGAAGAGAGAUGGUGCAUAAGUAUGGUAAAUGAAGGCGUGUUAAGUUUUGUGCAUUCAAAUGAUUUUUGACCAGUGCGUAUGCAAUGUAUGACUUUUUAGACUCAUUAGUCGUUACAUCUAUCAUUAUGUUUGUGAUGAAUAUCCGGAAUCGUCAUUUGUCUAUUCGACUGUUCUGGUAUAAAUGAAAGGUAUAAUGAAAUGAGAUUGUAAUGAGAUUCUCUUGAAAUA